UCCGUACUGUGCGUUCCACAUAGAGGAAGUGAGUUUUCAUCGACUGCUGCAGCCUCCCAGUGUCCGUGGAGAUCAGGAUUACAAUAUAGUGAAGAAGACGUCUAAUGAGUGUGAGACACCCAGCAGCCAUCCCUGUGUAUCAGGAGGACUGAGUAAAACCCAGAGCCCCAUCACGGUGCCUCCACCUCAUUCACUGACACACGAGAGACACAAUGACCAGAAGAUCCUGGAACUCACCAACAAGAUCAUUCAGUUGCUGACUAGAGAGGAGGGGGAGUAUAUAGAGGAACACAGGGGUCUGUACAAGGACGUGAUGAUAGAGAAUCACCGGCCCCUCACAUCACUGGAUGGACCCAGUAACAGAGAUACCCCAGAGAGAUGUCCCCGUCCUCUGUAUUCCCAGGAUUGUACAGAGGAGAAUCACAGGAUGCCACAGGAGGAUCAGGGUGAAGCCCAAAUAAAUAAUGUUAAAGUCAAAGAUACAGAGGGAGAAGAAGAGACGUAUGUGACUGAUAUGAAGGCAGAAGAUAUAGAGGGAGAAGAAGAGACGUAUGUGACUGAUAUAAAGGCAGAAGAUACAGCGGGAGAAGAAGAGACGUAUGUGACUGAUAUAAAGGCAGAAGAUACAGAGGGAGAAGAAGAGACUUAUGUCACUGAUAUAAAGACAGAAGAUAUAGAGGGAGAAGAAGAGACGUAUGUGACUGAUAUAAAGGCAGAAGAUAUAGAGGGAGAAGAAGAGACGUAUGUGACUGAUAUAAAGGCAGAAGAUAUAGAGGGAGAAGAAGAGACAUAUGUGACUGAUAUAAAGGCAGAAGAUAUAGAGGGAGAAGAAGAGACAUAUGUGAUUGAUAUGAAGGCAGAAGAUAUAGAGGGAGAAGAGACGUAUGUGACUGAUAUGAAGGCAGAAGAUAUAGAGGGAGAAGAAGAGACGUAUGUGAGGGGUGAUCAGCAGUGUAAGGAGGAGGAGAUCCCUACAGAUAUCAGCACAGGAGAUGGACACACAAGCAGGAACAUCUCAGAAGUACAUCUAAUGUUAUCUCCGGAUUGUGACAUAAAAGAUAAUGACAGUAGACCGGAUACUCCAGCAGAUAACCCCAUUACCCCAAUUAUACAUCCAGCUCUAUCAGCUGAUCCCCCUGAUCCUGGGAAAUGUUCUCCUGAUCACUCUGAUAUUGGUGCAUCUGUUACAGCUCUGACAGUAGAUACAGUGUUUCCGUGUUCUAUAGAUGCCAAAUGUUUUACACAGAACACAAAGCCUAUUAACCCACACACAGGUAAGGCAGGUGAAAUGCCACUGAUAUGUUCUGAGUGUGGGAAAUGUUUUACACUGAAAUCACAUCUUGUUGUACAUCAGCGAAGUCACACAGGUGAGAAACCAUUUCCAUGUUCUGAGUGUGGGAAAUGUUUUACACUGAAAUCACAUCUUGUUGUACAUAACAGAAGACACACAGGUGAGAAACCAUUUUCUUGCUCUGAGUGUGGGAAAUGUUUUACACUGAAAUCACAUCUUGUUGUACAUAACAGAAGUCACACAGGUGAGAAACCAUUUUCUUGCUCUGAGUGUGGGAAAUGUUUUACACAGAACUCACAACUUGUUACACAUCAGCAAAGUCACACAGGUGAGAGGCCAUUUCCAUGUUCUGAGUGUGAGAAAUGUUUUACACAGAAAUCACAACUUGUUACACAUCAGCGAAGUCACACAGGUGAGAGGCCAUUUCCAUGUUCUGAGUGUGGGAAAUGUUUUACACGGAAAUCAAAUCUUGUUAAACAUCAGCAAAGUCACACAGGUGAGAUGCCAUUUCCAUGUUCUGAGUGUGGGAAAUGUUUUACACUGAAAUUAAAUCUUGUUACACAUCAGAAAAGUCACACAGGUGAGAGGCCGUUUCCAUGUUCUGAGUGUGGGAAAUGUUUUACAUGGAAAUCACAACUUGUUCCACAUCAGCGAAGUCACACAGGUGAGAGGCCAUUUCCAUGUUCUGAGUGUGGGAAAUGUUUUACACGGAAAUCAAAUCUUGUUAAACAUCAGCAAAGUCACACAGGUGAGAUGCCAUUUCCAUGUUCUGAGUGUGGGAAAUGUUUUACACUGAAAUUAAAUCUUGUUACACAUCAGAAAAGUCACACAGGUGAGAAGCCAUUUUCUUGCUCUGAGUGUGGGAAAUGUUUUACACACAAAUCACAUCUUGUUAUACAUCAGCGAAGUCACACAGGUGAGAGGCCAUUUCCAUGUUCUGAGUGUGGGAAAUGUUUUGCAAACAAAUCAGCUCUUGUUAUACACCAGAGAAGUCACACAGGUGAGAAGCCAUUUCCAUGUUCUGAGUGUGGAAAAUGUUUUUCACACAAAUCACAUCUUGUUAAACAUAACAGAAGUCACACAGGUGAGAAGCCAUUUACAUGUUCUGAGUGUGGGAAAUGUUUUACACGGAAAUCACAACUUGUUACACAUCAGCGAAGUCAUACAGGUGAGAGGCCAUUUCCAUGUUCUGAGUGUGGGAAAUGUUUUACACGGAAAUCACAACUUGUUACACAUCAGCGAAGUCACACAGGUGAGAGGCCAUUUCCAUGUUUUGAGUGUGGGAAAUGUUAUACACAAAAAUCAAAUCUUGUUAGACAUCAGCAAAGUCACACAGGUGAGAGGUCAUUUUCAUACUCUGAGAAAUAAAUCAGCUCUUGUUGCACACAGUAGACAUCACUCAGAUGAGGAACCAUUUUAAUCUUCUGAAGUAUACUCAUUGCCAUGCGUUGUUCUUCAAGUUUCUUAUCCUCUCUCCUAUGUUUUUGCAAUAUACAUGUUACCACUAGGUGAAAUAAUCAGAUGUCCUGCCAUCAUCUACCACUGCUAUGCAGAUGACCUGUCUUUUGCUCCAGGUACUGAGAACCCAGUCCCAAUCCUAAAUGGUUGUCUAGCUGAGCUCCAGGUGUGGGUGAUGCCAGUUGGCUGUGAUUCAGUCCUGGUGAAACAGGCAUUUAUGGUAGAAGCUCACCAACAAAGGGCAGGGCUACAGCUCAGCUUUGCAAACCAACCGGGCUUGGGGGUUCAGAGUUACAGAAUGCUGAUCAUGUGCGGAAUCUUGGUGUCCUGGAUGGUGGAGUGACACUUAAACAUCAGUAUCUGCCACAAUUAGAUCCUCAUCUGAGGAACAUAGCCAGACUCCAGCACGUAAUUCUCUCAGAAGAUCUACCUACAGUCAUACAUGUACUUGUAUCAUCACACAUAGACUACUGCAAUGUCCUCUACCUGGAUCUCCUAGCAAUAGAAUUGCACCGGUUGUAGCAUGUACAGAAUGUAGCAGCCAGGCUGUUACCUAACCAGCCUGUUCCUGCCACAUAACACCCAUUCUCUGCUCUCUUCACCAGCUGCCUGUAAGAUGGUGACUAUUACAUAAUCUUACUGACUCAGCCCACCAUGACCAGGGUCCAUGGUACCAGAAGCAGCUUCUGCCUCCUUACUGCCCUGCUUUCUAACUUCCACCUGCAGAUGAAGGACUGUUACCAGCAGUACUAAGAAUCCUCAAGCAGUGCUGAGAUGUCAGAGGGGGAGACAGGGUGGUGGCACUAGUGCUCUAGUGGGGGCUGCCGGAGGCAAUGUCUGUGAGAAUCUUGUCCUCAAGCAGCACUGAGUUGUCAGAGGGGAGACAAGGUGGUGGCAGUAGUGGGGGAGACAGGGUGGUGGCAG